GGAUUUGAUCUGUUGUUGCCACACGUGAAAGUGAAAUGAAUCCAGCAGAACACUGGUUGCAACGGAUUUCGCCUAUUGUGAGAGCGUGACAUCUGCCUUGAAAACAAACUCUAUGAUUGGGCCCACUUCGAAUGAGAUAUAACCUCCCGCUUUGUGCACUGGAAUAAAGGACAAAGUAAACACUUUCUUCAUCAUGGAUUGUCAAGAAAAUGAGUACCGAGACCAAUGGGGGCACUGUGUCACCUGCCAACAGUGUGGCCCUGGACAGGAGCUCUCCAAGGAUUGUGGUUAUGGAGAAGGUGGAGAUGCAUACUGCACAGCCUGCCCUCCCCGAAAAUAUAAAAGCACAUGGGGGCAUCACAGGUGUCAGACUUGCAUCACCUGUGCUGUCAUCAAUCGGGUCCAGAAAGUCAACUGCACGAAUACUUCUAAUGCUAUCUGUGGAGACUGUAUGCCCAGGUUCUACCGAAAGACACGCAUCGGGGGCCUGCAGGACCAAGAAUGCAUCCCAUGUACAAAGCAGACUCCUUCUUCUGAGGUUCAGUGUACCUUCCAGUUGAGUUUAGUGAAGGUAGAUGCACACGCUGUUCCUGGUAAGGAAGCCACACUUGUCGCACUGGUGGGGAGUCUGCUGGUAGUGUUUGCACUGGCCUUCCUUGGACUCUUCUUCCUCUACUGCAAGCAGAUCUUUAACAGACAUUGUCAAUGUGGAGGUUCGUUGCAAUAUGAGGCUGAAAAGGCAGUGGAGGAGGAUUCUCUUUUCCCCAUGCCACCUGGCCAGGAGACCAGUCCUGAAUUUCCAGUGAAUGAGAUGAAGCCAAUCGACUCCAUCCUGGAUGACGACUGCAGCUCCACUCGUGGCUUCCCCACCCAGGAGUCCUUUACCAUGGCCUCCUGCGCCUCAGAGAGCCAUUCUAAAUGGGUCCAUACCCCCAUUGAAUGUACAGAGCUGGACCUGCAAAAGUUUUCCAGCUCUGCGCCCUGUACUGGAGCUGAAACCUUGAGGGAGAACACAGUUGAAAGCGCCAGAGACGGUCUGGAGCUCCGUGUACCUUUUCAAGUCCCCAGCCUUUGACUCUACUGAGGUCUCUUACACUCUUGGCAAUCUUGCCAGUGGUUGUUCCUGGACUUUCCUGCUCUUCUUCUAUUCAACAGCUGUAGCACGGGCCUGGGAUGUAGGCCCCACAAUAAUCAGUACUCUAAAAACGGGGUACACAGGGCCCAUCCUACCAGAGGAUUAAAUCCCCACCAUUUCCCCAAGACUGGCCUUGAGAAUUUUUGGUUUUCUUAUUUUAGUCUGGGGACUCAGAAUUCAUAGCCAUAAAAAUGGCUAUGGACCAGCUAAUUAUAGAGGUGGGGGAAUAACAACAAACAAGGUAGA